CCUCUAAGCACCGUCCGAUCAUCAAGCCAAUUCCUGGGUGUAGAGUUAGUACUAGGUGAACAGCUCUCUUUGGACGCCACCAAGGUACCAGCAGGGAAGUGUCGCUUUUGCUUCAGACUGCCGGUGUCCAGAUAAUGUCAAUUGACAUGAAUAAAACUUGCACUUUUUAGCGGCAAUCAGCGACAAGUAUAAAUAAAGUUUCAAUGGAGAGGGAAAACACUGUGCAUGAAUUUGCAACGCCAGUCAGUGAGGCGCCCAAGCGAUCCGAGGCUACCGUACACCAAAUCUAUUCGUCCUGGACUGUCAAAAGAUGAUUUAAAAGUAGAGGGGGCCCGUUAUUCCUUCGGCCUUGUACUUCAUCAGCUAGUUCCUCCGCCCCAUGCCUUCACUUUCAUGCUUUGUUUGCCGAUUGAGAGGAAAGAGAUGCGUUUGGCUUCCCAAUCACCAAGGCUGUGAUGCAUGCAAGUGGAUGCGAGUUGAGUGCGUUGCGUGUCCGAUCAAGAUCCCCAAUGCAGUCAGGGCGUCUGUGAGAGCCCAGGAAUGUCUGCAGGAGGUUAGAGUACUGGCUGCUACUAGACAUACCAGACGUGAAGGCGUCGAGACAGCGCCUCUUCCAAAAACACGCGAUUUUCUCUCAGGUUUGCAAUCGAACUCUGGGGGUGACAUCUUUCAGCUUUCAAGUGGUUCAGGAGCACUGGCAUCGUCCACCAUUACUUCUCCAAACCCCUUUCAUGCAUUGCAGAGUAACGCGGAGAACCUUUCACUGGAUGAACCACUCCCUAUUACCGUCUCGAAUAACUUGGGCACCUUCCCUUUCGUUGAUAACACCUCUUCCACUUCCACGAUGAUCCUCCCAACGCCUGUACUCGGAUUAUCUCCACACGUGCGCGGUGGGAGUAGGGAAGAGCCCAUCCUGGAUGCCUCAUCCCUCGCUUACUCGGAUCAUCUUCCCCAUGGUGAAUUUGCCUUCCCCAACCCCGCAUCUUCCUCCUUCGACAUCACUCCUCACUGGGGAAUGCCAACUUAUAAUAGCGAAAACUUCGACCCUACUACUGCAACGUCGUCGCACCGCACUGGCAACGAUGAACUUUCUGCUGGACCAUCUCGCGCACGCGACCCACCAUUGAAUAGUACGCCGGCUGAAACUCACCUGGAGUUCCCAGAAACGCGUUCGAGCUCCUCGACGAACUCGGAUGCUUAUAUUUGGCUUUCUCGUUUGGCUCGGGGUAUGGGAUAUCGUCUUGUUCCGCUUUGAAGUUACUGUGUUUUUUUUUUUCUCCCGAAUGUGAUCUCUUAGACUCCUUUUUUUCCUACCCUAUGGUUCUAGUAUAGUUCUGCCAUCUUAUCGUCGUCUGAAGUAACUAUUUCCCCGUUUUGGUACAUUUCUGUGGUUUUUUUUUCUUUCGCUUAUAUUCUCGAGUGCUUGAACGUCAGACUCGUAAUACCUUGUACCGCUGUUCG